AUGGUUGACUCUAAAACCGCAGUGUCCGCCAAGGUGGAUGGAUCUGACAAUAAUGAAUCUUGUUCUUCACAAUCCACCGGCCUUGAUCGUUCCAUUGAUUUGCAUAAAGAACUCAUUGAUACUACGAAAUUUGACGAUGUGUUGGCUAGAAAGAUGGCUCUAGUGAAUGCUGCGAUCGAUGAGAUUGGCAUGACCCCUUUUCAAUGGAAACUGUUUUUCUUAAAUGGAUUUGGAUAUGCUGUUGAUUCACUCCUCGUAGUCUGUCAAUCUAUUGCUCAGCCAGCAGCCACACAAGAGUUUGGAAAUCCUAGCCAACAUGUCGCCGGUAUCUCCCUGGCUUCACAAGUUGGCCUUCUUGUCGGCGCUGCCGUAUGGGGAUUUUCGGCGGAUGUAAUUGGACGAAAGCUUGCAUUUAAUACGAGCUUGGUCGCCAUAUACUCCGCUGGAGCUGGAGGAAACUAUAUUCUUGAUGCGACCAAUUUCCUCGAGUUCCUCCCUGUCUCGCAUGCCUGGCUGGUGACUUUCCUGUCCGUAUGGUGGGCCGUCGGAUAUACUAUCACAGGUCUACUGGCAUGGGCAUUCAUGAGCAACUUCAGUUGCGCAAGUGACGCAGUAGAAUGCAAUCGAGCAGACAAUAUGGGUUGGCGCUAUCUUCACUUCACUUGCGGCGGUUUGGUUCUGGUACUUAGUGUUGUCCGCUUGUUCGCUAUCCGCAUGGUCCAGACGCCCAAAUGGCUGACUAGUCAAAACCGUGAUGAAGAGCUAUACGCAAUUCUCUUAGAUCUAUCAGAGAAAUACAAGCGUCCACUCACGCUAACAUUAGAAAAACUGCAGUCGCAGGGACGCGUCCUCCAUACGGAAAAAUCUGUCUGGUCUGGUCUGCGUCUGAAAAGUCAUUUUUCAGGGCUGUUCGUCACUCCCAAACUAGCAUAUUCCACAGUCAUUAUUAUUAUCAACUGGCUACUCAUCGGAACUGUCUCACCCCUAUACAGUGUGUUCUUACCUUACUACCUUGCGUCUCGAGGUGCCGAUACUGGAGAUGGCUCAAACUACACGACGUGGCGCAAUUAUGCAAUCAACCAAGUAGCUGGUUUGCUUGGUCCCAUUAUCGCCGGUUUUCUGGUUGAAUGGCGAUGGUUCGGACGACGAGGCACCCUUGCUGUAGGUGCAGGAAUUACCACUGCGCUACAGCUUGGAUAUACUCAAAUCAAAACCCCAGCACAAAAUGUGGGAGUGUCUGCAGCGAUUACAGCAGCUUCGAAUAUCUAUUAUGGCACAAUUUAUGCUUAUACCCCAGAAAUCCUGCCAAGUGCUCAUCGUGCCACGGGUUAUGGGCUCUGCGUGGUGUUGAAUCGUGUCGGGGGGAUUGUUGGUGUACUGGUCGGAAGCUACGCGAAUGUAGAGACGGUGGUCCCGUUAUGGAUUUGCGCAGGGCUAUACGGUGCUUUGAUUUUCACGAGCUUGCUAUUGCCCUUUGAGAGUAGAGGGAAGCGGACCGUAUAG